GACCGCCCUCUCCUACAGGUGCAUGCCGGGUAAUGCAGGAUGGCGUCUGCGGGUUGUGUGGAGGAAUGAAGCGGCUGACCGCUGCCUGUUUCCCCGGUGAACCCGCGCUGUCAGCGGCCUUAGUGUUUCAGCAGAGCGGAGCUGCCGGUGUUACUGAGCUAUGAGGAGUGGCGUGCUGUUGCCUCCAGACAGCCUGGCUGUUGGACUAUGCUGUGUUUGUUCUCUGGGUGGCGCCUCCUGAGCCGAGCUCGCCACCUUCCCCGCCCCGCUGCCGCUCAGCCAGUUGCCAUGUACGCCACCCGCCUCUACAACCCUGCGGGGGGAGGAGGAGGAGGAGGGGGAGGAGGGGGGGUUAAACAGGGUCGACGGGCGGGUCUGGCCGUCCUGGAGGCCCCUCACCCUCCUCACCCUCACCUUCCCCAUCACCCACACCCAGCCCCGCCUCCCCCUACCUUCCCGCUGUACCAGGGGCGCCCUGAUGCUCACAGAGGGGCGCACUUCCACCCCCACUACCACCCACAGCCUGCCCACCUGGCCCCUCCCCCGCUGCCCCCUCACUACCAGCACCAUGCACACUACCACUCAUACGGAGGAGGGGCUCCGGCCGCCGCUGUGGGCAGCAGGAAGAAGACGUGGAACUUCAUCCACGAGAAGAUGAGCUACGACACGUUCUUCACCAUGAAGCGGCUCAUCGAGCGCUCGCGGCGUCCUGACGAGGUCUUGCGCUGGGUUACACAGAACCCUGCCAAGAUCUCCCACAACCACUACCCCGUGGCCUUGCAGAAGAUCGGACAGCUACUGCAGGCCACGCCAACGCUGGCGUCAUCGCCGCGAGCAGCGCCCGGCGGCGAGGACCCCGACACGGAGGCUCCCAGAGGAGCCGCAGAGGCAGCCGACGGACGCCAGAUCCUGGAGCAUCAGGACUUCCAGACGCUCUGCAACGCCAUCGUCAACGACUGCGCCAAGUUUGACAACUUCAGCAUCGUCAACUGCCUGUACGCCGUGGCGGCGCUCGGCCUCCCCAGUGACUCAGCCGUGGUGCAGGUGCUGGAGGCGGAGUCCCAGGCCAGACUGAGCCAGUUCAACCAGAAGGACGUGUCCAUGGUGUUCAGCUCCAGCAUGAAGCUGCACCCGGGCAGCCAGCACGCUCUGACCGAGGCCUGCCUGGCCGGCCUGGAGAAGAACCUGGAGAGAGAGCGCCACCCGCAGACGCUCUUCCUGCUGCUGUCCUACUACAGACUCAAGCUGCGCUCGCUGCAGACGCACCAAGCAGCCGGCGCCACUACAGCCGCCACUACAGCCGGUACAGCUGCUACAGCCGCGGCCGACAACAGCAGCACGCCUCCAAACCCCGAGCAACUGCUCGCCAACAGGUGAGAACAUUCUGUU